UACUGGAGCUGCCGAAUGGGCUUCGGGCAUCGGGUGGAAGAGUCGCGAUGGUAGGCCGGCGGGGCAGAGAUAGGCGCAGGGGUAAGGACAAGGACAGCAGUUCGGCGUCGGGGCUGCGCUCGCUACCCCUGGCCCGCAAGCUCGCCUACUUUGACGGCGAGUUCGAGCGGCUGCAGCGGGAGCGGCGGCUGCCCGCGUCGCGCCCGGAGCGCCUGCGGGUGUUGGAGCCGCUGUUGCGCUGCGGGGCCUGUCCUUCUUCCGGCCCGAACGGCGACUGCAGCCUAGUGCUGGCCGCCGGCGUCCUGCUGCUCCUGCUCCUGCCCGGCUGCCUCUUCCUCUGCGGAGGCCCAGCCGCCCGUUUCCUCAGCUUCUGCGGCCGCGUCCUGCUCAUUCAGUUGCUGCCUUAUUGGGAUUGGACGUUGUACUCCAAUACAGACUGCCUGAUCAGGAACCCCUAUUACUUUGCAAGGGGCCUUGAGUCCUUGCAGCUCACAGACUGCAUCAAUGUAUGCCAGAAAUACCCAACAGUGGAAUCUCUGCAGAAAGUGGAUCCAAAGGUUGUUCUUCAAAAGUAUCUGCGUCAGAAUCUACCCCUUGUAGUAACAGAUGGGGCUGAAGAAUGGGUUGCCAUCAGGGAGUUCACUGUGCCAUUUCUAACUCAGUUAUUCAGUGGACAUCGAGUGCUGCAAAACACAAUUGUGUGCAGUUACUGGGACUCUCAUGACUCUCUGGAGAAAAGCCCAGGUGCUUUCUUAGAAAAGGUCCAUCAUCAAAGGCUUUUCCAGUGGGCAAUUCAGUGGAAGAAUUGUAACAAAGCAGCAGCAAAGGUGAUCCGUGGGUUCUAUCAGCGACCUUACUUCCUCCCUCCAGUGGUGGAAUUAUCGGAAUCUAACUGGUUGCUAAUGGCCUCACAAGCAGGAGAUGGUGGCACAGGGAAUAUUUUUGUAAAGAUGGGAGAUCAUGAUGGGGACUUGCUGAUGUGGAUUGCUCAGCUUCAAGGAGUUUUUGAGGUUCAGCUCCUACCCAGGGAUAUAUGUGCAAGCAACUGUACCCAUUAUACGAUGCAGCUUUCACCUGGACAGACGGUUGCUGUACCACUUAGGAUGUGGGAGGUUCAGUAUCGUGCUUUCAGCUCCACUGCCAUUGGACUUGCUGCAACCGGAAACUGGCUUCAAGACUCCAGGUGAUGGUGUCGGAAAUGGUUCUACAAGAGCAUAUCCUGCCUCAGGAAAUCUAGGAUUUGGACAGUGGCCCAGUGUGUACUGUUUUGAGUUUGGGCUGCAUCCCUGCAAUCUGGUCGGAUCAUGUCACCUUUUUCCCCUUGAUUGUUUAGCGGGUUUGAUUUAUCAGUUUUCUAGGGUUACAAAAAAGAGAGCAUUAUAACAUGUUUCAGCUGCUUGAUGCGGAAGGGCGUACAGUCUAAAGCUUGCAGUGGGUUAUGCAUCUACAAGAAGUAACAUUUAAUAGAAUAUUGACUUUGGGUAUCAAAGGGCUAGAAUGGCAAAAUGGGGAAGAGAAGCUUUGUUGCAUCGAUUCUUGUCAACCCAUCACAAAUAUACCAUAAACAACAGGAAUUCUGCAGAUGCUGGAAAUUCAAGCAACACACAUCAAAGUUGCUGGUGAACGCAGCAGGCCAAGCAGCAUCUAUAGGAAGAGGCGCAGUCGACGUUUCAGGCCGAGACCCUUCGUCAGGAGGCUGCACAGUUCAGAUGCAUCAGAGUGGCUGUAACUUGUAAGGCUGAAAGAGUUUAUGAGAGGCUUCACUAACUUGGCCUACUACCGUGUAAGUAGAAGUGGGGGAAAAUAUCCAACUGUUUAAAACAAAGGGUUUUGGAUCAGUAAGUAAGAUAUUGAGGUGGAGGAACUUGAAACAAGAAAUUUUUUUUAAGAAUAGAGAUAGUAAAUUUCAGAAUGAAAUCAAGAAACCCUUUUUGUAUGAAGUGUAGAAAAAUAUAGAACGUUCUCAAAAGGCUAUAGGUCCCGCAAUUACUGAACUAUUUAAAAACUUUUAUUUUUCAGUAUUGGCGUUAAAGGAGAGAAAAUAAAUCCAUUUCCAAUAAACCAAGGAAUGCUGGUGAAAUGUUGCUGAUUUCUAGGGUGAUGUGUAUCUUGUCUAGAAGCUAGAAGGGAAGCAUUAUGGAUGUUUACGGGGGUGUUGAAGGGAAUAGUGUAGUUCCUGGUGGGAUGGAUAAAAAGAACAAUGCCAUCAUAUAGAGGUGGGUAAAAGCUUAAAUCUCAGCAGGAAGAAUGUUGGCUGCAGACUGCUGUAUAGAAUAGGGGCCACUGAUCUCUGCAGGAAAUAAUGAGAUAUAUGCUUCUGUCUGGUGGAAGGGAAAAGGACUUCAAAUAUGCUUCACAAAGGGGAGGGAAUUAUCCGGAAGAGGAGAGCUGUAUAUCCCUGCAGGAAGAAGGAGAAGAUUGUACAUUUCUUCAAGGAAUGUGAGAAGAAAGGUGGUCGUAGAUCUCUUAAAAAGAGUCACUUCCUUUAAAAAAAGGUUGAAUGUCAUUAACUCUGGGUUUUGAUUAAGUCACUAAUUUGCUGGAUAUCUGGUGGUUGAGGAAGAACUGGUUUGAAGUAGUGAAAGUUCAGGAUGUACAAUCAAACUGGUUGGUUCAGGGUAUAAAAUUUUGAUUAUUUCUUGAAGAAACUAGGAAAUGCAGCUUCAGCUGUGAGAAGAAAGGUUAAAAUAAAAAUUAAAAAAGUGAAAAUCUGAAGUAUAAACAAAAUGUACAUUUAUGAAUUGGCCAUUAGUUGCAAAGUGAGUGUUUUGAUUAUGAGAAAGUGACCUAGGACAGAACCUCGUUGAAAUGAACAUUUUAGAUGACUCCGAUACUAAUGUUUAUGAUUGAGUAUAAGACAAGUUUGCCGCUCAGAUUUGAUCCCUUUGCUGUGAUGAUAGUCUAGAUUCCAACGUGCAAAGAAUCUAAUCAGAGGUGUGUAAUGUAAAAGGGAUUCUGAUUUCUGCCUGUGAAGCCAUAAACAUUUCAUGGAUUAAAUCUGUGAAUGAAAUACAGUGGUUUGCUCAGCAGAACUUUGGUAAAAUUCGAGUUUUCAGCCAACCUUAAUUUUACUUGCCCUGUGAUUUAUCAUGAAUGUCAAAAGGCAAAUAUAAAAUUGCUAUGUUGGAAUAAUUGUAAAAUAAUGUGUUUUUAUGUUUAGAACAAUUGUUGAACUAUGCCACAUUCUGUUAUUGAGAAUUCCGUGCUAAAAAUAAACUUGUCAAUAGAACAACCAAAUCUGUUUUCUGGGUACUGUCCCUGAGAGAAUACAUGGUUCACAAUCUUCAAACCUGAAAGCUGAGCAGAUUUAGCAGUGCAAAUACGUAUCUGUA